GUAAUUUCGUAAACACAACUCGCAAGAAGUUGACUUGGGAAAGACUGAAGACUUUUAAACCAAAAGCCAGCGAGAUAACAAACAGGACUUUUGAUCAGUCAUACUUGAGAGUUGAGAGAGCUCAGACUCUGAACGUUGAACUUGAAGGAGCUGUUUUGCUUUGCUUUGCAACCCAGAAAAAAAACGUACCAGCUAUGGCCUUGAGAGAAGCGAAGAAUGCCAAUAUACUUCAGCUGUUGAAGGACAACAAUGUGAUGACAAUUGUUCUCAUUGGGGAUGCAGGAGUUGGGAAAACAUGGAUUGCAAGAGAGAUAGCUGAUUUAGCAGACAAGGAGGACCUAUCUUAUGUGACUCUUUGGGUAUUUCUGAAUCAACAAGAUGAUAAGAAGUCUCUCCAUCAGAACAUUGCCCAUCAAUUGUCCGUACUUUCCACUAUUGAGGAGUGGGAAGAUAAUGCCACUAAGGAGGAGGAGCAUGAAGAGGAGGACGUGGAAAGCUUGAAAAAAAAGAUAUCUGCUAAGCUUAAAGAAAUGAGAUUGCCUAAUAAGUUUCUUCUCCUGAUUGUCGAUGGUGUUCCUGACACAAUGGAUGAAAAUGAUAUUUUAAGAGAAAUUAGGCAAUUGGAUGAGCAGACUUCGUUUAAGGUUUUAAUCACUAGAAGAAAAGAGCCAGUUGUGGAACGAAAGGAAGUGACUGAAACUAAGAGUGAGCUAAUAAAAAUAGUGAUUGAGCCUUUGUCCAAUGAAGAGGGAUUAAGUCUGUUUAAGAAAAGAGUCACUGAAAACGUUUCAAGCAUUGAUGGUUUUCAAACACAUGCAUUAAGUAUUGUCAAAAAGAGCAAGGGUCUACCAGCUGCGAUUGUAGUAAUAGCAGAAGCCUUAAAUCGCAUUGUAGAGCAUGAUUGUGGGGUUUGGACAUUGGAAAGUGCUAUGAAAGAAGCAGCGACAUGUGAGGAUGCACAUAACAGUGCAAAUCCACUGCUGCGCUGUGGGUAUGAAAUGUUGCCGAAGAGAGAUAAGGCUUUGAUUGAUUGUUGUUGGUAUAGCUUGCAGUUCUUUCUCAAGCAUGGUGGAGUCCAUUACAAUGAGUUGAUAGCUUGCUGGAUAUUGGAAGGAUAUUUUGGUCCUGUUGACCAUGUUGAGAAGGUGUAUGAAGUGGGACAUCGUGUUUUAGUGGAGCUUAUAGAUCGCCAUCUGCUGAAAAUACGAGAUGAUAAUGCCGUUGUCGUGGAAGGAUUAGCACUUACGAUCCUUGAUUGUUGUCCUGAUAGGAAUGAAGGGAAAUCAAGUUUGGGUUUGGCUAGAGUGUUUGAGGGUGGCCAUUGGCAAGGUUUUGGGAGAAUCACACAUGCAGACGGUUUGAUAAAAACAAUGUGCAAUCGUGACAAAUGGGAUAAAGUGUCCACACUACUAAUUGAUGGAAGUCGUCUCUCCAGGGAAGUCCUUGAUACAUUCUUUGAGCCAAUGCGGGGAAUCGAAGUUCUUGCACUUUUCAAUCCCACAAUCAAAACAUUGCCAUCAAACUUGUCUAAAAUUCACAAGCUACGUCUUCUUGUGCUCAGAGGAUGUGAUCUAUUGGAGAACGUUGAUGAUAUCAAAGAACUUAAAUCAUUAACGGUUCUAGAGAUAUCAGGUGCUACCUCCUUGAAGAAAAUUCCAGAUGAUUUUUUUCAUAAAUUGCUUCAACUUCGAAGCCUGAAGCUCUCUGCAGUCCAGAUCAAAUCGCUGCCUGCUUCGAUCUCUGAAUUGAGUGAACUUAGGUGGCUCAUUCUAAGGGGGUGUGCUAGCUUGGAAGAACUUCCAAGACUACAAAAACUUGAAAACCUCCUAGUGCUUGAUCUUUCUGGUGCUAUUGAAUUGAGAAAAUUGAAAGAUAAAACGUUUAAAGCACAUGCAAAACUUCGAAUGCUUGAUCUUUCCCAAACAAAGAUUGACCGCUUGCCUUUUUUGAAAAAUCUGGGAAAUCUCACUCAACUCUCCUUAAGAUGUUGUAAAUGCUUAACUAGACUGCCCAGCCUAAAAUCAGUAUCUCAGCUUGAAAUUCUUGAUCUUUCAGGUUCUUCUAUGCUAAAGGAAAAUCAAGAUGAAAUCUUUCCAAGUAUGGAUGGCCUCAAAACCCUCAAUCUUUCUAAUACCAAAAUCAGGCAUUUACCUUCCAAUAAUAACAGCCUCCCAAAUCUUGAGUUGAUGAAUCUUUCUGAUGCUUCGAGUUUAGACAAAAUCGAAGAUAAUAUCUUCGAACAUCUGAGAUACCUCCGUCAUCUUAAACUCUCAAAAACCAACCUUCAAAAGUUACCCUCACUCUCUAACCUUUUUAACCUUGAAAUUCUUAAUCUUUCAGGUUGUAGUGCUUUGAAAGAAAUUGUGGAUGAAUCCUUUCAGCACAUGACUUGCCUUCAACAACUUAACCUCUCAGAAACUAAGAUUGAAUGUCUACCAUCCCUUUCCAAUCUUAGUAACCUCUGUCAACUCUUACUAAGAAACUGUGUCAAUCUCAAAGAACUUCCACCUCUGGAAUCUCUAUCGAAACUUGAGGAGCUUGAUUUAUGUGGUGCAAGGUCUUUGAAAGAAACUGAUGCUAAAUUCUUGGAGAACAUGGUUCACCUUCGGUUCCUCAACCUAUCUGGAACUGAACUUAAGUUACCUCCCACGUCCAACCUCACCAACCUCACUCAGCUUUUACUUCAACGUUGUAGACUGUCCGAAUUAUGUCCAAAUUUGGAAAAAUGUACACAGCUAGAGGUUUUGAAUCUUUCUGAGACAGACAUUCAGUCUCUGCCAUCACUUGAAAAUUUUAGCAAUCUCCGUGACCUUAACUUAAGAGAUUGUUCAAGCUUGGAGAGGCUACCGGGUCUGAAAUCAGUUACUCAUUUGGAAGUCCUUGAUUUAUGGGGAACUAGAGUCAAGGAGUUUCCCUAUGAGAUCUCACAGUUGACUCAUUUGAAGCGCCUUAAUCUACCAGACUUAAAGGAUGUUCAAACACUUGACUGGGGGAAGUUAAAGAACUUACCAGAGGAGCUAAACUGGGAUCAGUGUGGCAUCUUCAAGUGCAGUCAAAAUAGGCCUUGCAUGUCAUUGAGUGGCACUGAAUUCUUCCAAUAUUUGAAGACAAAUCCUGGGUUAUGGGAGACAUGCUUCAAAGAAUUUCAGUUCUCUGUUUGUGCUCAUGAAAAGGAAGGCACAGCUAGGGACAUUUUUUGGCACAGAGUUGACCCUAACUUCAGAGAAAUCUACUUCCAGACUCUUUCUCUUCCUGAAGAACAUGGCAAGUAUCUGGAAAUCGUUGGAUUUAAUAGUUUUACCGGGUUUGAGGAUGCCCUCCUAAAAGCAGAAUAUAUCUCUUUGAUUGAUAACAAGUUUAUCAAAUCCUUAUCAGACUUGGCUGCGGGUGUGAAGUCAAUGAAUGUUGGCAAUGUCAUGGCAAUGAAAGGCUGUUGGCUAGAGAGGUCAACCGAAAUGCAAACUAUUUUUGAUGAAGAGGCAGAAGUCUUAAUGGAGGAAAAUCUUGAGACUCUGUGGGCGUCAAACCUUCCCAUAUUGAAGAGUGUCUCCAAUGGAAACUUGCAACUUGGACACCUUAAAAAAUUAUAUCUAGAUUGUUGCCCAAUGCUUGAAACUGUCUUUCAUUCAUCCCAGCUGCCAGAAAAUCUUGAAGUCCUCCAAAUUAAAUUCUGUGAUAAAUUGAAGACUCUGUUUAUGCUAAAUCCAUCAACAGAUUGUAAACUGCAGAAUUUACAGAAGCUGCACCUGGUGGAACUGCCUAAUUUGUCUAGUAUUGGGGUGCUAGAGUCAAAGAGCGUUCUGGAUAUAUUUCCAUCUAUAAAAUUAAUCAAAGUCAGGGAAUGCCCAAACCUCGAAAAUUUAGAUAAGAUUAAGAAAUUUGCAUUUGUUGAAAAUUCUGGACCCAUGAAGUCCAGGGAUCACUAGAUUGAAGGAGAGCUCUCAUGGUUUAAUUAACAAGGGUAGUACUAGUUACAUUGUGCAUCUUGCGCCAUUUGUACGCUCAGGUUUGUUAUGGUUUCCCUGCAUCUUUUUCAUACAUGGAAACCACAAUUUGAUAUUCCUGCCCAGCUUGCUUUUUC